AUGACAUCCCGUCUGAAGCGGAAGCUUGACAACAUGGGCGUCGAUAUGUCCCAUGGCACUGAGAACUUCUGUAUGAUCGGCACGCCACUCCCGUCUCUCGAUAAAGCGGACAAGAACGAGUUUGUACCAGUCUGGAAGCAAGAUGUGAGGGAUGAAAAAGGUAGGAGAAGGCUGCAUGGCGCCUUCACCGGUGGCUUCAGUGCCGGCUACUUUAAUACUGUGGGUUCCAAAGAAGGAUGGACGCCGUCGACAUUUGUUUCUUCACGAGCCAGCCGAGCAAAUGCUCCACGUACGCAGCGUCCAGAAGACUUUAUGGACGAGGAGGAUCUUGAGGAAAUGCGAGCUGACCAGCAACUUGUUGAUACGACCCACACAGAGGGCAUGCAUUUUGCUGGAGAGGGGUCAGUUUCUGACGACAAAGCCAUCUGGAAUGCACUGGUCCCAUCGGUACAAGACUCGCCCGGUGCGAAGCUACUGCAAAAGAUGGGUUGGCGAUCCGGUCAAGGUAUUGGCCCCCGCAUCACUUAUGCCAAACGCCGUGCUCAAGACCGCCUUGCCGGAAUAAAUGUUGGAGGAGACGAAGAGAUGGACGAGGAAGCGGGCAAGCACCUGUAUGCGCCCAGGGACACGCCGGUGGAGGUGUAUCGCGCUAAGGAGGACAGUUUUGGGCUGGGGUAUAUGCCGGGCGAGGGUCUGCGGGAGAAAUCCAGUGCGAAGAGGAAGAGAGAGGAGGAAGGUCCUAAUAUCAGCUCUGGGUUUGGUUUGGGUGCGCUCAAUGACGCAGAUGAAGAUGACCUAGACGUAUACGAGGGCGCACGACGUGCCACCGAUAAACGACGACACGCCUUCAGCAUGGACGAGGAUGAGGAUCAGCGUGUCCUCCUCGGUUCCCAGCAAGACUCGUCCUUCCGGCGUCCUGGUCAGGUAACUGGAAAACCGCCGCAGGUACAAGAGUAUUUCCCCGACGGCCAGCCAGUGCUACCUGGGUUCAUGCCAGCAGGUUCCCAGCUCACAGAAGACGCCUGGUUCGCGCCACCCCAAGUGCCCGAAAAUUGGCAGGCAGAUCCGACUCGCGUAUGGGAGGCAAACGGUAGUGUGAAGGUUUUGGUGCCUCCGCCUAAAGGGAAGGAUGGGCGGCCCACACAGCUCAAAGCCGAGGAGAGAGGGGCAAUACUAGGCGAAGCACCCCUCGCUCCGCGCAGUGUAUUCGACUUCAUGUCAAAGGAAGCGAAGGAGCGUUUGCAGAAGGCGAGGGAUUCGGUCAAGACUCAUCCGGCGGAAGUGAAGAGAGAGCCAUCCCCACCUCCUGAAGUCAAAAUGGAAAUCCCGAACCUCGACUCUACAACUGCUGCUGCAGCCCUGCGGGGCUACCAGCCGUUCACUGCCGAUGCCGUUAAGCAGCGGCGAUACACCGCUUACCUGCAGAUGCAGCUCUCUGGUUCCGAGCCACCUCCCGAGCUCUCUCCGUUGCCUGGGCAGAAUAUGGAUUCAUUCAACAAGGAGGUCGAGGACUAUGCGAAGGCCGCGCGCAUUUUCAAACCUGUUAUUGGCGCGAUGGCGAGCCGAUUUACGUCAUCCUCCACAGUGGAGGUAGAUACCAAGCCGCGGGAAGGCCUGCACGCGCCGGACCAGGGCGAAUAUCUUGAGCAACAGGAGGAAGAGACGAAAUUAGAGGUGAAGGAAACGCCCAAACAGCAUGCAGCCAGGAUGGGCAUGUUUGGCCCACUUACGCGAGAGACGAGCGUCUGGCAGCCCGCGAAAUUGCUCUGCAAGCGGUUUGGAGUCAGGGAUCCGUACCCUACUGGAGCGACUUUGGAAGACAAAGCCGCUGUGGCUUCAUCAUGGACAGCAGCAGAGGCUUCUGCCGCAGCAAGCCAGGUAUUGGCCGUCGCUGCGGUGUCCACGAAGCCUAUUUCAGAGAAGGAAAACGUGCCGGCAAAGAAGGACAUAUCCAAUGUUGGCCUGGGCGAGGAUGACGAUCAAGGCCGGAAUAUUCUUACGUACGAGAAGCCCGGGAUGGAUAUAUUCAAGGCCAUAUUCGCGAGCGAUGAUGAAGACAGCGAUGAGGAGGAGGAAACAGCGCCUCCUGUCCCUGCGCAGAAGAUGUCCGAGAGCCAACCUCUUGAACAGUUGGUGAACCAGAGUGCUGCACCAACUGUGAUGCCGCAAGCAUCGAGCAGUGCUGCAUAUGAGCCAUCAAGUGUGGAUACGUCGAACGCACUUGAUAUCACAUCGUUUAAACCAACGUUUGUCCCGAAAUCGGAUCGCAAUAAAGAAGAGGAGAACGGUGAUAAGAGUGCGAGGAAGGGAAAGAAGGACAAAAAGAAAAAGGAGCAGCGGACGCUGAUUUCUUUCGAUGCGGAAGAGGGGAUCACCGUGAAAACGAUGCCGGACGAGGACCGGAGCAAGAAGCGGAAGCGCGAAGAAAAGGAAAAGUCAAAGGACAGAGACCGACACAAGGAGAAGGAAGAGAGGCGAAAACGAAGACGAGCCGAAGAGGAGGAAGAUGGCAUGUGGGUGGAGAAACCGCCCCCGGAGAUUGCCGUGACGACGGCGGCUGCCAAGGAGGUCACACCAGAGGCUGGCGCAGAGUCCGUAAGAAAGAGGGCAUCUGAUUUUUUCUAA